UUCCGCAGGCUGAGACCGGGGAAAGUUGUUUCCUGAAGCUGACACUGCACCAGUGACCAUUUCCACGCCAAAGUAUUGUGAUGUUUUCUUUAAAAAUGGCUUAUGCGAGUUUAUCGUCCUUUUUGGUUUGCUUGUGACGUUUUUUGUCUCUGAGAUGACCUUCUGAUGGAGUUGUCUGACGAAAGGAUGAGCUCAAGCAAAGAAGACACAGAAGUGAGCCUUCAGGCCCAACUAGCCGAGUCUCAAGCCCAGGUUGAACACUGGCAGGGUGUGGCGACGAUAUGUGAACUGAGCAAACGGGAGGAACUGGCAGAGCUGCAGAAACAAUGUGAUCAAGAGAUCCAGUCCCUCCAGGAGGCUCUCAGAGAGACAGCAUCACAGUAUGAGGCCAGGAUAGCCGUUCUACUCGAGGGGAGGAGAGCUAGUGGCCACAAUCAGGGAAGUGGAAGGAAGGGCAAAAUGGAUGCAGAGGUUACAUCUAAUGACUCCCAGACCUCACCUGAGAGGUUACAUAGCCAACCAGCGGACCCCGAACCUGUAGUGGAUGGAGAAGCAGCACAGCAUAAUACAGAAGGAUAUUUUUCACUGCGGAACUGCGACUCGGCCUCGUUGUCCUCCUUCUCCAUAGACACGCCUUCCCUACCACGAAAGGCCCACGCUCAGGAAGACACGGACUCUCUGGUCUCAACAGGAACCCUUGUGCCGGAAGCCAUUUACCUGCCGCCAGCUGGCCACCGGCUGGUCACUCACAAUGACUGGGAUGCACUCAAUGCUCAGGUGUCUGAGUUGAGAGGAGAGGUGAGUCGACUCGUGGCUGAGAAGGAGGAGCUCGAGAAGGAACUGGAAACACAGACCAACCACACGCACAAACAGGUAUCAGUGCUACAGUCUCAGGUCCAAUCUUCAGAGGCCCUUCUUCAGGAUUUACAGAAAUCUCUCAGCCAAUCGCAGACAGCAGUCCAGAGUCGACUGUCGGCGCUGUCACUGUCCCAGAGAAAGGUGUGCAGCGAGCUGUCCAAGCUUAAAGGAGAGAACGUUGAGGAUGACAGCCCAGACUUCAGCUCAUUACCCCCAGCUUCACUGCAGGCGGCACACUGUGAGGAACGCCUCCGCAUUGAGAUCGUCAACUUGAGGGAGCACAUUGACAUGCGAGCAGAGGAGAACGAAAUUCUAGAAGUGCAGUUAUCCAGUUUAAAAACAGAGACCGAGAGGAUCCAAGCCCAGAAGGACCAGUUGCAGGCUGAGCUGUUGGCCUGCCGCACCGAAGUCGAGGCCCUGCGGUUGGCGCUGUCGCAUGUGCAAGGGAACAACAAAGUGCUUAACAAUGAUAAAGCGGCCUUACAGCAGAAAUGUCUGGAGCUGCGCAGCCAAGUGAUCAGCCUGCGCUCUCAGGUGGACACCAGCCAAACCGUCCAGAGAGACUUUGUCCAGCUCUCUCAGUCCCUGCAGGUAAAACUGGAGUUAAUUAGGCAGGCGGAAUCUCUAGAGCAAGUCAGGAAAAUCCUGGAGGAGGGAAUCAGUGAAGACGAUUCCCCGCCUGCAGAUGCCUCAUGAGUAAAACACAACACCUCACAAGUUUGGACCAAUAACGCUCAAGUAAGCACGGCCAUGUGGAGCAUGUUUGAAAAUGACCAAGAGAAUGAUGACAGCUGCUGCUGUUCACCUGCGUACAAUGAUGCUUUCUUUUUUCUUUUUUUUUUUUUUUUACAUUUAGGUGAUGGGUUCUGUGUAAUAAUGGCUUAUUUUGUGACCACGUCACUCACACUAAACCACAAUGUAUCAUACAAUUGAAAGCAAACUACAUGAAGGUGACUGUAACUGCACAAGUUCAGUGUGAAGAUUGACACUGCAAAAAAGAUGACACUUUUUGACCCGAGCAAUAAUUCAUGCUAAAGAUUCACAGGAGUCGCCCUACACCUCUGGCUUUUGAACAUGGAAAACUGGCAAGUCUGUGAAAAUGGCCAUUUUCUAACAUUCAAGCAUUUUUUGGUAAAGACGUCCACAUAAGAGGAAAAACACUAUCCAGCAUGUGUCAUUCAUGCCGUCUGACAUAUAACUUUCAUAACAAAACGGCUAUGUGUGGGCCACCAUCAUGAAGAAUCAAGGUCAAUAUUUUGAACUGAAAACACCACAAAACAUCCGCGUAUGUUGGCAGUGGAUUUUUUUUAUGCAGUGGACAAAGCAAUUGCGUUGCGUUGCACUGACAAACGUUGCACUCUUUUCCUGUAUAAACAUUUGUAAGCAACUGGACACAAUGCAAUAACGGUUCCUGAAGUGAUGCAACAACUUGCAAAGAGCAACUUUAAUUCAUGUGUUUAAAUGUGUCGGUGUUGUAGCUUGCUGCUCGUCUUCUUGCAACCAAAACUGUGUGUGGAUUUCCAGCAAAUGCUUGUUUUAGUUCAGAUCUAGUACCGUAAAUGUGUAACAUCCUGCUGUUUUCUUGUGUGUGCGCGGAAAACGUCAGUUACAGUACGUGUUAGUCUUUUUGAAGAAAUGCCUUUAUAACUGCAGCUAACCACCUACAGUACAUGGACACCUACUGUAAUAUACAAAUAAGACAUGAUAUGUUUCUUUUUUACUGGUUUGAAAGCUCUUGGAAUGUGAAAUAUUGUAUUAUUAAUGGAAUAUAUGCAUAUUUUAUUGAACGUUUUCAAUAUUAACUUGAAAUAUAGACCAAACAUUAACAAGAAUAAACUUUAUUCAUGAAUGUCGUUUUUAACCUUCAUCAUGUGUGUUCUUGUCUUGUACUGUCAGUAACAGGCAGAAAAGAAUACAGCGAUUCUUCGCCACUUCACGCUUCAAAUUUCCCGGCAUGACGUCUAUAACGGUUUUCAAAAGUAUUACAAUUAAUAAAUCAUGCUGUUUUGUGGCUGAAUACUAGUAAAAAAAACUAUGCAUAUUUAGGCAAAUUAAGCAUUUUCAAGCAUAAAAUUGCUAAAUGAACAAUACAAAUAUAAGGCACUCAGAAGACACAUUCAAAGAUGUUGUGAUGAUAUGUAGUAUUCUACACUGGUCACCGGUCUGGUGGCGGUAAUGUUACUGUAACGUUCGGUGAGACACACAAGCACCAAACUUGAUCGCCGAACAAGAGGCUUUUAUUGCAGAUUUGAAUGAUCUCACAACAGCCACAAUACUCCCGAACACGAUCUACUGUUGUGGCCGUAACCCACAACUCAACUCUGAACGUCACUUCUUGUCCACCCUCCACCCAGCUCCCCAUAGUGGCGGGACACAUUUACAGCAACACACACAAGCACGAGUCUUAUUGAUCUCGAGUCUGUUAUGGCUUGUUUUUUCUUAUUAUGUUGACUAUAUUGGAUAAUAACAAGUGUAAAGGUGACUAUGGGAUGUUAUUUCUUGUCUAGAGGGCUCUAAUAAUGUUAAAACUUGUAUUUAGAAGGUCAUAAACAGGUUUUCUAUGCUCAGCUAUGAAAAUAUUUGGUCAGGUUUUGGAAUCAAUUAACCGUAAUAAAUGAAUGAUUACUAGAAAUGUCUCA